GUUGGAGAAACAUGGACUGAUGGCUUCUGCAAGCAUUGCUCUUGCAACAAUGGUUCCAAUAUAAUGUGCACAGAACACUACUGUCCACCAUGUCCUUUGGGAGAAGAAAGAUCACAAACAUCAGAUUCUUGUUGUAGAAAAUGUGUUCCAUUGGGGUGUGUGCUGGAUUCACAUGUGUAUAAGGCUGGUGAAAUGGUUCCGUCAAGUAAGAAGUGCUAUACAGCAACUUGUGAGAGAAGGAAUGACACCUUUAUGAUUCAUGAGAGACAAAUCUAUUGUAAUACUACACUUCCAUAUUGUCUGCCAGGAGUUACAGUAACAGUGAAACCACCCAUUUGCAGAACUUGUUCACCUCAACUGGUUGCUGCUAACAAAAAUGACACAAUUGGCUACUUUACGGUUUCACUAGGCAAUGUCACAUGUCAAAACAAAGAGCCAAUUCCAGAUCUGAAGCAGUGUGGUGGCUAUUGUGGUUCAAGCUUUUUGUUUGCAGAAAUGCUGAAAACUUCUGAUUCUGGCUGUACUUGCUGCCAGCCCAGUAGGGCAAUCUCACGCUCGGUUCAGCUUCACUGCAGUGAUGGGGAACUCAUGACUAAAUAUUACAUUGUUCCAGAAACUUGUUCUUGCAUGCCGUGUUCCGGUGGGAUUUAA